AUGGGGCGCGAUCUGCUUUCGCGUAUCAUGUACGGGGCGCGCGUCUCAAUGACGCUCGGUUUGGUUGGAGUUUUUUUGAGCAUCAUUCUCGGUUCUAUCCUCGGUACGGUUUCUGGAUACUGGGGUGGGUGGGUAGACAAUCUGAUCCAACGCGUUAUUGAAAUCCUUUCGGCAUUUCCAGACAUCCCGCUGUGGAUGGCACUCGGUGCCGCACUACCACCGGGUUGGUCGAGCAUCCAGAUCUACUUCGGCAUCACCAUUAUUUUGUCGAUUAUACGUUGGGGCGGAUUGGCACGGCAAGUGCGCGAUAGCGAUUUCGUCAUGGCAGCGCGUGUUGCUGGCGCGGGACAUUGGCACAUCAUCACAAGACAUUUGCUACCCGGGUGUUAUAGCCAUAUCAUCGUUAUCGCCACGCUCGCUAUUCCCGGCAUGAUUCUGGGGGAGACCGCGCUCAGUUUUCUUGGUUUGGGCAUCCGUCCACCGAUGACAAGUUGGGGUGUCCUGCUGGAGGAGGCACAGCGUGUCACCAUUCUGCUCGAUUACCCGUGGCUCAUUUUCCCCGCAGUGCCAGUUCUCGUCGUCGUCAUCGCUUUUAACUUCUUAGGAGAUGCCCUCCGCGAUGCCGCUGACCCAUAUUCAGAUUAA